UCUUCCUUUUGCCUCAGCAGCUAACACCUGGUCAUGAGAGGAAAUGACACGCAGACUAAAUUUAUCCUGUUGGGAAUUACAGACAGCCCAUGUGCCCAGGCUCCUCUUUUUGUCUUGUUUCUAGUGAUUUACAUUGUCACUCAGGUGGGGAACUUUGGCAUUUUCACAUUGGUUCGGGUGUCUCCCAGCCUCCACACCCCCAUGUACUUCUUCCUCGCCCAUUUUGCCUUCACUGACAUCUGCUAUUCCACAGUCAUCUCCCCCAGGAUGCUGGCAGACCUGUUAUCAGAGGACAAAACCAUUUCUUUCACUGGCUGCAUGAUGCAGUUCCUCACCUUUGCUUUCUUUGCUACUAUUGAGUGUCAUCUCCUGGCCAUGAUGGCCUACGACCGGCACGUUGCUAUCUGCCAGCCCCUGCUUUAUGUGACCAUCAUCUCCAACCGCGUCUGCUGGCAGCUGAUAGCAUCAUCCUACCUCUUUGCCUUCCUCAGUGCCAUCGUCUACACGUGGUGCACGUUUGGAGGUUCCUUCUGUGGUCCCAACCGCAUCGACCACUUCUUCUGUGAUGUUGUCCCUGUUCUAAAGCUCGUGUGCUCCGACACCCACAGCAGCGAGAUGGUCAUCUUUGCCUUUGUCACCAUCAACGUGGUGGGCACGAGCAUGAUCAUUUUGCUCUCCUACAUCUCUAUUCUCUGUACUGUGCUGAGGGUGUGCUCAGCACAGAGCAGGGCCAGAGCCUUCCACACCUGUGCCUCCCAUUUGAUGGCUGUUUCCUUGUUCUUUGGGACAUCAUUCUUCAUGUACCUACAACCUCCAUCUAGCCACAGGAGCCUGGAUAAGGUGGCCUCCAUCAUCUACACAAUGGUCACCCCCAUGCUCAACCCAUUCAUCUACAGCCUGAGGAACAAGGAGGUGAAGGGGGCUCUGCUGAAGUGCGGGAGAACAUUCUUCAGCCACUGGCAACAUAGAAGAGUUUUGUCAUCUGGGACAUGAACAGUUCAUGUGCAGUGUGAAAGCCAAUGGGGCACUGAAAUAUUGAGGUUUUCCACUGAUACUCAUGACUUUACGGAAGUUCUUCCACAGUUUCUGCACAAAAGUCUAUGAUAGUACUGAAUGAGAAACAGACCCCCAAAAUCACACCAUUCUUGGAAGAAAACCAAGAGGAGAUUGAGCCUCAAAGUUCAUUUCACUUCGCAGGCCCGCUCCUAGAAGAAGAAAUUACC